CUCUCUGCCAGCGCCGUCGGUCUCCAAGACAAUCGAUUGCGUCCCAUUUGCCCCCAACCGUUCCAACGUCGGUGACACCGUGCUAAUGGCAGGCAUCUCCCCCUUCCUCGCUCAUCGCGGGCCAACACCGCUAAUCUGAACGACCUCUUCCCUACCCAGCGUACCGUCAUGACAUCGGGCAAAUCGAAGAAGGGCAUGUUCAACUUCAUGUCCAAUUUUCUCAAAAGCUCAAAGCGACCAGAGAUCAGCACACCGUAUGACCCAGUACACCUCAAUCACGUUGUCUUCAACUCGUUCACGCGCGAGUUCACGGGUAUGCCCAAGGAAUGGCAGCGGCUCCUCCAGGAGAGCGAUAUCUCCAAGAGCGAGCAGGAGAGGAACCCGCAGUCGGUCGUGGAGAUUAUCAGGUCCUACCAGGAGGGCCGCGGUGACACGUCCGUCUUCGACGAGAUGGGCGCUGUACUUGCUCCUCCGCCUGUGCCACCAGCUUCGACGGAAAGGCCCAUCUGCUCUAUCACGCCCACGAAUGCGCCUGGCGCGGCGCCGCGAAAGAUCCGCUUCCUUCUCCUCUUCGUGCCCAACACCUGGCAGCCCGCCGAUGUGCAGAUCGAGGGGCUGCCUGGAGAUGCUGGAGAUGUCGUUGUCGUGCACAUACAGUCGAAUGAUGUUCCCGGACUCAUUGCUUCCGUGCUGUCGAGAGCCAGGGCUGGCUUGUAA